AAGUCCUAACGCAUGACGAGUAUCUCCUUUUGACCAAACCUCCAUAUUCUUUAACCGCUUCGCUUGACACUCUUCUCAAUCCAAAACCCACAAACUCUCGUAGAAAAAAAAACUGCUACCCACCCAGGCCAAGAAAUAGUUGGCUAAUUUUUCGGAUUGAUUAUAAAAACAAAUUACGCGCUGCUGAUCCUGACCAACCACCAACUAUAGAGAACGUCUCGAGGCGCGCGAGCAAAGACUGGGCAAAUCAAUCGGAUAAAGUUAAACAAUUUUUCACUGUUUUGUCCAAAAUUGCAAAGAAAUUACACGAGGACAGUUAUCCAAACUAUAUUUACGCACCGAGAAGAAACAAUCGUAACGAAAAGUAUGUGUUUAGAUUGAUAAGUGAGGAAGAAAUUACGGGAUGUAAAAGAGAUGAAGAGGAGAGAAAUCGAAAGGGUGAGAGAGAUGGUGAGAAUUGUGUGGCGUAUAAGGAGAAAAUGGACGAGCGCGUUUAUUUUAACCAGUAUAUUGACUGCCAACAACAUAAUAUCGCCGAUGCGCACGGUGAAUACGAUGCUAUUGUGUUGGAUGAAUAUGACAAUGACAUAAACAACACCAGUGUUCUUAUAGGCUCGGAUAUUACCGAUUCCACAUGCAAUCUGUCUGACAGCUUGAACACUAGCACAGUAUCACAAAGCGUUGAUACUGCUUGUAGUCCGGCAAUUUCCCCUGCGUCUUUUUCUAGUCCGACUCGCUACGAUCCGAAUCAACUUGCAAACCAGACAUAUUUUGCAUACUGCGGUGAUAACGAAAUCAGCCCAUACAUUGGUAGCAUGUCGACUCAGCCUUUGAGUCAAACUUGUAAUUAUCCGUUUUUCGAACCGUUAAUCAGUAAUCUGACGUUUUAA